UUGAUUCGAAAGCAUUCAACCCAUACGUUUUUUUUUCCACACGGAAAUACACAAACAGUCAUUGAUUUGAAGCCGCCAUAAUGAACUACAACUUGGGCUACGAUGUGACCGAUCCCAUCGCCCAAGUGCUCCGGACAUCGUCUUUCAUGCAGAACGGGCCAGUGAAGCAGGUUCGCGAACUGGAGGAUCUGGACCGAUGGGUUCGCUCGCAAGCCUACCACUACAUCGUUUUGUAUAUCAGCAACACCAGUAGGGCUAUCCAGGGCUUUCGAUUGACGCAGGACUUUCCGGUGACGGAGCAGAUGCGUAGAUUGUGCUCGAUCUUCAAUGGGCUGGAGCAACUGGUCGUGGAGCAUGCGCCGAAGCUGGAGGACUCCAAUCUGGCGCUACCUUUUGGCCAGGUUAAAAGUAAGGCCUACCGCACUUGGAUGCGCCAGAUGUUCCAGCAUGUGUUCAACAAACUGGACGAUGCCAUCAGUGUGAACUGCAAGCACGUCAACGAACUGGGUCAGUACCUUCGCCGAUCCUUUGGGAAUGUAAACACUCUGGAUUUUGGUCCCGCCAACGAGUUGAUGUUCCUCUUCUUCCUCUGCGGCCUGUUUCGCGCCGGUAUCCUGCUGGCCAAGGAUACGGUGGCCGCCGCCCUGCUGCUCUUCAAUCGCUACAUCCAUUUGAUACGGUGCCUGAUCAGCACUUUUGGACUGUCCGUUGCCAAAGAUCCGCGGUGCAGCAUCGAAGAAUAUUACUUUUUGCCAUAUCUGUGGGGUGCAGCCCAGUUAUCGCUGGAUUCUCCCAUCUCGCCGAUACAGUGUGAGCAGGAGAAGAUAUUGGACAGCUAUAGGCACGAUUACAUGAUGCUGAAAAUCAUUGAUAACCUGCAGAAGUCCCGAAACGAUUCAAUGAGUCAGUUGGCCCUACAGAUGUGGAGCAUCCUUGCGAUGCCUACGUGGCCGCAGGUCUAUAGAGGAUUUGAGCGGAUAUAUAUCGACAAUGUGCUCUCCUCAUUCGGAACCGUGGAGAACGCCAUCUUUUGCGAACUGAUGUCCUUCGAAUCGGUGGAAGCACCGAUCCAUCUGCAUCGGGCACACUUGGGCGCUCACUUCGUGGAUGCGAAUGAGAAUGAGGAUGAGCUCGAGCGGAAACAAGCGGAAGAUCCAUGGAAGCUUUCGCCACCGGUCAGCAGAUAUGUCAGCAUUGAUCCGGAUUCCUUUCUGGGCUUCCGGGGUUCCCAGACUCGGCACAAAUCGGAGGACAGCGAAGAGGAACGCCUCUGGAUGCUGCGACAGUUGGUCGAUGAGAACGAUCCAAACUCCGAAAUGUUUUUCCCCAAUCGCGAAGUUAAAGGACAUGCUUCACUCAAUUCGCUCGGCAACGAAGAUUCCUAAAAUGUCAAUCCAUUUAAUA